AUGGGGCUGCUCCAGGUGUUCGCUUUCAGUUUCUUAGCCCUGUGCGGAGCCCAAGUGCGUGCCCAAGAACCCGAGUUCAGCUACGGCUGCGCUGAAGGCAGCUGCUACCCCGACGGCAACCUUCUCAUCCGCCGGGCACAGAAGCUCUCGGUGACCUCGACGUGUGGGCUGCACAAGCCCGAGCCCUACUGUAUCGUCAGCCAUCUGCAGGAGGACAAAAAGUGUUUCAUAUGCAAUUCCCAAUAUCCUUAUCAUGAGACCCUCAAUCCUGACAGCCAUCUCAUUGAAAAUGUGGUCACUACAUUUGCUCCCAACCGCCUUAAGAUUUGUUGGCAAUCUGAAAAUGGUGUGGAAAACGGAACUAUCCAACUGGAUUUGGAAGCAGAAUUCCAUUUUACUCAUCUCAUAGUGACUUUCAAGACAUUCCAUCCAGCUGCGAUGCUGAUAGAACGAUCAUCAGACUUUGGGAAGACCUGGGGCGUGUACAGAUACUUUGCCUAUGACUGUGAGAGCUCAUUUCCAGGCAUUUCAACUGGCCCCAUGAAGAAAGUUGAUGACAUAAUUUGUGAUUCACGAUAUUCUGACAUUGAACCCUCAACGGAAGGAGAGGUGAUAUUUCGUGCUUUAGAUCCUGCUUUCAGAAUAGAAGAUCCUUAUAGCCCAAGGAUACAGAAUCUAUUAAAAAUCACCAACUUGAGAAUCAAGUUCGUGAAACUGCAUACUUUGGGAGAUAACCUUUUGGAUUCGAGAAUGGAAAUCAGAGAAAAGUACUAUUACGCAGUUUAUGAUAUGGUGGUUUGAGGAAACUGCUUCUGCUAUGGCCAUGCCAGCAAAUGUGCCCCUGUGGAUGGAUUCAGUGAAGAAGUCGAAGGAAUGGUGCAUGGACACUGCAUGUGUAGGCACAACACCUAGGGCUUAAACUGUGAACUGUGCAUGGAUUUCUACCAUGACUUACCUUGGAGACCUGCUGAAGGACGAAACAGCAAUGCCUGUAAAAAGUGUAACUGCAAUGAACAUUCCAGCUCAUGCCACUUUGACAUGGCAGUUUACCUGGCCACCGGAAAUGUCAGCAGAGGAGUGUGUGACGAUUGUCAACACAACACGAUGGGCUGCAACUGUGAGCAGUGCAAACCGUUUUACUACCAGCACCCGGAGAGGGAUAUCCGAGAUCCUAAUCUCUGUGAACAAUGUACAUGUGACCCAGCUGGUUCUCAGAAUGGGGGGAUUUGUGACAGUUAUACUGAUUUUUCUGAUGGUCUCAUUGCUGGUCAGUGUUGGUGUAAAUUAUAUGUGGAAGGAGAACGUUGUGAUAUUUGCAAAGAAGGCUUCUAUGACUUAAGUGCUGAAGAUCCAUUUGGUUGUAAAUCUUGUGCUUGCAAUCCUCUGGGAAUGAUUCCCGGUGGGAAUCCUUGUGACUCUGAGACUGGUUACUGCUACUGUAAGCGUCUGGUGACAGGACAGCAUUGUGACCAGUGUCUGCCAGAGCAUUGGGGAUUAAGCAACGAUUUGGAUGGAUGUCGACCUUGUGACUGUGACCUUGGGGGAGCAUUAAACAAUAGUUGCUCUGCAGAGUCAGGCCAGUGCUCGUGUCGGCCUCACAUGAUCGGACGUCAGUGCAAUGAAGUGGAGUCUGGUUACUACUUCACCACCCUGGAUCACUACAUCUAUGAAGCAGAAGAAGCCAAUUUGGGGCCUGGGGUCAGCAUAGUGGAGUGGCAGUACAUCCAGGACCGGAUUCCCUCCUGGACGGGAGCCGGGUUUGUCCGAGUGCCCGAAGGGGCUUAUUUGGAGUUUUUCAUUGACAACAUACCAUAUUCCAUGGAGUACGACAUUCUAAUUCGCUAUGAGCCACAGCUACCUGAUCGCUGGGAAAAAGCCAUCAUCAUGGUGCAGCGACCUGGAAAGAUUCCAACCAGCAGCUGAUGUGGUAAUACUGUUCCCGAUGAUGACAACAGGGUGGUGUCCUUAUCACCAGGCUCGAGGUACGUUGUACUUCCUUGCCCGGUGUGCUUUGAGAAGGGCAUGAACUACACGGUGAGGUUAGAGCUGCCCCAGUACACCUCCUCUGAUAGUGACGUGGAGAACCCCUACACGCUCAUUGACUCGCUCAUUCUCAUGCCGUACUGUAAAUCACUGGACAUCUUCACUGUGGGAGGCUCAGGAGAUGGGGUGGUCACCAAUAGUGCCUGGGAAACCUUUCAGAGAUACUGAUGUCUGGAGAACAGCAGAAGUGUUGUGAAAACGCCAAUGACAGAUGUUUGCAGAAAUAUAAUCUUUAGCAUUUCUGCCCUGUUACACCAGACAGGCCUGGCUUGUGAAUGUGACCCUCAGGGUUCAUUAAGUUCUGUGUGUGACCCCAACGGAGGCCAGUGCCAGUGCCGGCCGAACGUGAUUGGAAGAACCUGCAACAGGUGUGCACCUGGAACCUUCGGCUUUGGCCCUGGUGGAUAAAAACCUUGUGAGUGCAAUCUGCAAGGAGCUGUCAAUGCCUUCUGCGAUCCUAUCACUGGCCAGUGUCACUGUUUCCAGGGGGUGUAUGCUCGGCAGUGCGACCGGUGUUUACCUGGGUACUGGGGCUUUCCGAGUUGCCAGCCCUGCCAGUGCAAUGGCCAUGCUGAUGACUGUGACUCAGUGACAGGGGAGUGCUUGAGCUGCCAGGACUAUACCACAGGUCACAACUAUGAAAAGUGCUUGGCUGGUUACUAUGGCGACCCCAUCAUUGGGUCGGGAGAUGACUGCCGCCCUUGCCCUUGCCCAGAUGGUCCUGAGAGUGGACGCCAGUUUGCCAAAAGCUGUUAUCAAGAUCCUGUUACCCUACAACUUGUGUGUGUUUGUGAUGCUGGAUACGGUGGCUUCAGAUGUGAGGACUGUGCCUCAGGAUUCUUUAGCAAUCCAUCAGACGUUGGGGGGUCCUGUCAGCCUUGCCAGUGUCACCACAACAUUGACACAACAGACCCAGAAGCCUGUGACAAAGAGACCGGAAGAUGCCUCAAGUGCCUGUACCACACGGAAGGGGAGCAUUGCCAGCUGUGCCGCUUGGGGUACUAUGGAGAUGCCCUCCAGCAGGACUGUAGAAAGUGUGUGUGCAAUUACCUGGGCACGGUGCAGGAGCACUGUAACAGCACUGACUGCCAGUAUGACAAAGCCACUGGUCAGUGCUUGUGUCUUCCUAAUGUGAUUGGGCAGAACUGUGACCGCUGUGCACCCAAUAGCUGGCAGCUGGCCAGUGGGACUGGGUGUGACCCAUGCAACUGCAAUGCUGCUCAUUCCUUCGGGCCAUCUUGUAAUGAGUUCACGGGGCAGUGCCAGUGCAUGCCUGGGUUCGGAGGCUGCACCUGCAGCGAGUGCCAGGAGCUCUUCUGGGGAGACCCCAACAUGGAGUGCCGAGCCUGUGACUGUGACCCCAGGGGUAUUGAGACACCACAGUGUGACCAGUCCACGGGCCAGUGUGUCUGCAUGGAGGGUGUCGAGGGUCCACGUUGCAACAAGUGCAUGCGAGGGUACUCGGGGCUCUUCCCUGACUGCACACCUUGUCACCAGUGCUUUGCUCUCUGGGAUGUGAUCAUCGCUGAGUUGACCAACAGGACCUACAAAUUCCUGGAGAAAGCCAAGGCCUUGAAGAUCAGUGGUGUGAUUGGGCCUUACCGGGAGACUGUGGACUCGGUGGAGAAGAAAGUCAAUGAGAUAAAAGACAUCCUGGCCCACAGCCCAGCAGCAGAGCCGCUAAAAAACAUUGGGAAUCUCUUUGAGGAAGCAGAGAAACUAACCAAAGAUGUUACAGAAAAGAUGGCUCAAGUAGAAGGGAAAUUAUCUGAUAUAGCUUCCAAAGAACUGGAUUCUCUACAGACAGAAGCAGAGAACCUAGACAACACUGUAAAAGAACUUGCUGAACAACUUGAAUUUAUCAAAAACUCAGAUAUUCGGGGCGCCUUGGAUAGCAUUACCAAGUAUUUCCAGAUGUCUCUUGAGGCAGAAGAGAGGGUAAAUGCCUCCUAAAUACCUGGAGGUUAAGUUCCCAUCCUACUUUCUUUCUCUUCCGCUCUCCCUUCUUCCUGCCUACCGCUCUUGUACUUCCUUCUUCUGGGUCCAGGACCCCCGCCGACAAAGCCUAGCGCUAGGUUCCUUCGGCUCUGGG